AUGGCAUUUUCUCCCGUAAAAUUGCCAAAAUUUGGGUUUCUUUAUAAUGGACUUUACAUCACCUGUCGUCACGUUUCGAAAUGGAUUCCCAGCUCCCUCAGAACUCUUUUGAAUAUUGAUAGUCUUCAAGCUCGUCAAGUCGGCGAUCCCAUCUUACGAGAACAAGCAGAGAUUGUAGACAUUUCAACUGUCCACUCCCCCGAAUUUAAGCAGAUGGUGGAGCGAAUGUUCAAGGUUAUGAGGAAAGCGAAAGGUCAGGGAAUCGCUGCCCCUCAGAUUGGCGUUGGGCUUCAAGUAUUUGCAAUGGAGUAUACAGGACAACACAUGAAGGAAUUAAAAGAUCAAGGAUGCAGUGAUAAAGAGAUGAAGCGCAUGGGUAUUGCACUAGUUCCACCAAGAGUGUUUGUAAACCCUGAAAUUAGAAUAAUUGACUCCACUUUGUUGGCAUUCCGCGAGGGGUGUUUAAGCAUAGAGGGUUAUUCUGCGCUUGUACCCCGAGCUAAAGAGAUUGAAAUUACUGCUUUGGAUAUGGAAGCCCACCCUAUCACAUGGAGGACUAUGGGUUGGCCAGCAAGAAUCAUUCAGCAUGAGAUGGAUCACUUAAAGGGGAACCUGUACAUUGAUACUAUGAUGUACAAGUCAUUUAUGAAAAAUGACUGGGGAAAUUACAUCAAAAAGUAG